AUGAUCACCGACAAAGAGAAAAGGAAAGAGCACAGGCUCAUGAUGAUCGAACGACACACGAUACCUGGUACCAAUCCUAGUUACGAACCAGGCUAUACAAACGAUUAUGAUGGCGAAGCCCGUGAGUCCAUGAAAAGAGGAUAUAAUGCCGCCUGGUGCCUGUCUACACAGUCCUCACCUAGGAAGAAUGCCGAAUAUUAG